AUGAUCACUUAUAGAUCGCAGCCAAAGCAAGAUUAUGCAAAGAACAACCCCAAUGUACAAUUAAAUCGUAAUAAUUCACCGACAGUGAUGCAAUAUGGACAUUACGGUUUGAAGAACGAUCCUUCAGUUGAAAAUUACAUAACAGACGCCGAAGUGAACACACGUGGUUAUAAAGAUCGAAUGGGAAGAAUCUUUUAUGCGAUUCCAUUAAUUGACCGAACCAACAAAACUGCUCCACGCCAACAAAACCAACCGCAACAACAACGAAAAGAAUCGCAAAAAGCACCGAAUAUAGCCGCUUCACAUCCGAACGUUGUUGUCACCAGUCAAAGGUAUUCAGAAGCCAUCAGAUUCUCCAAUGUUCGAAUCUCAAGUGACACCAUAGUCAAAUGA